CUAAAUCUAGCUAGGUCUAGGUCCUAGCUGGAUUCCUAGAUCUAGAAAUUAUCUAGAUCUAGAUUCUAGACUCUAUGUCACUCUAUUCUCUAUCACUAUCUAUGAUGAGUAUGAGUCUAUUUUAGAUCUAAAUUCUAAAUCUAAGAUUCUUGAAACUAUUUUCCAUAAAUUUUGAAUUUUGCUUCUUCAUUCUUCUUUGAUUCUUUGGAGAAAUCAAAAUGGCGUGGUGGAAAAUGGGUGUGUUCUUCAGCUUUGUGGCCGCUGCAGUCCUAAGAAGAAUCACAAGAUACAAACGGCUCUGCCCUAGCCAGGCCAAUUUGAAUGGGAAAACUGUUCUUAUCACUGGAGCUAAUAGUGGUAUUGGCAGGGCUACAGCUAUUGAACUAGCAAGAAGAAAAGCUAAAGUAAUCUUGGCUUGCCGAAGUAUUCUUUCAGCCAAAGAAACAGAGCAACAUAUUAAAAGAAUGACUGGGAAUAGUAUGGUUAUCUCCAAAGAGCUUAAUUUAGCAUCACUUAACUCCAUUAAACAAUUCUGUACACAAAUUCUUGAAGAAGAACAAAAAAUAGAUAUUCUUAUUAACAAUGCUGGAGUCUUCCAGUGCCCUUACACAAAAACAGAAGAUGGCUUUGAAAUGCAGAUGGGGGUCAACCAUUUUGGUCACUUCCUUUUGACAUCUCUUUUGUUGGAUAAAAUAAAAUCGUCGUCUCCAAGCAGGAUAGUUAUAGUGUCAUCAGCAUUAAGCAAGAGAGGAUCCAUAAAGUUUGAGGACGUACACAGUGAACUCCACUACAGCAAAACCCAAGCCUAUGCUGACAGUAAACUUGCUAACUUGCUGUUUGCCAGGGAGCUUAGCCAGAGGCUGCAGGGCACAGGGGUGGAUGUUCUAUCACUCCAUCCUGGCAUGGUGGUGACUAAUCUUGGCCGACAUGUCAUGCCAAAAUAUCUGGUCAACAUUAUUGGGCCUGUGGCUGUUUUCUUGGGCCUGCGGGAUGCCAGUGAAGGUUGCCAGUCUGUUGUGUAUUGUGCAGUGGCCGAUGAGCUUCAGGGCAAGUCUGGCAUGUACAUCGGCAAGGACUGUAAAGAAUGCCAGUACCCUGUCAAUGCCUUAGAUGAUGAGGCAGCUAAACAACUGUGGAGCUUGAGUGAAAAGCUAACAAAACCAUAUUUAUGAUGUGCUAUCUCUAGUUGUGUUUUAAUUAGAAACACAUUAUAGAUUUUUUUAAAAAUAAGAGCAGAUAAUUACAUUGUAAUCUAGUAAUUUUUAUUGAUUGUAUAUAAAUAUGUAAUAAAUAGACAACUAGUAUAGUUUAAGCUUUCUCGAGUUAUGUACACAUACCUUUCCUAAUUUCUAUUUGAUGUGAAAUAAUUUACUGCUGUAAGAAACUAGAAUGCUAUUUUGAAUUUGAUAUAAGUGCAGUAAUUAAACUGAAACAUGUAUUGAGUUCAUUUUGAUCUAUCUCCUGUGUCCAGUACUAUGUUGAUAUGUUUCCAAUAUCUAUUCAGUCACCAAUGAUAAUUUUUUUUAAAUGUAGGUCUAUAAUAUAAUUAAUAAAUUAUUGCUGCAUUUUUACUUCAUGAAUGUCAUGCAGACUUGAUACUUGAUAGUCCUAAAUAAUACAUAACAUUUCUAUGUAUUUCGAGUCACUAAUAAAGUUUAAAAGUAAUAAGAAAUAUCUAAAUCUCCU